CACCGACCCAAACAAACGUUUCAUCUACAUCGCCAUCAAUAAUUUGUUAAUUUAUUACCAAGCGGUUUGUUCUUUAUUAUGGGAUUUCCACCAAGAAAAAACACGAGCAUUGCGGUGUGGCGGAAGAAGUAAACAGCUCAGGUUGCUACCAUUUGUUCCGUGAGUUGUGAGAGAGUGUCUGUGACUCGUACCCACCUGCCCGAUUGUCACACUCAUACGCACAAGUACCCAAGAGUUGCCACAUGUUGCUUGGGUUUCCAUGGCAACAGACAACGUGCAGAGAAGCUCGAGUUCCCUUACUCAGCCCGCGUCUCUCCCACCCAUUCAAGCAGGGUUCCCGUGAGUGAGGAGCCUUCUAUGUUGAGACCCAAGGGAAGGCACGUACAGUCACUCAGCUGCUGGAAGGGCAACAAUGAGUUUUCUCCCCGACCGGAUUCCUUUGGCCCCACUCAUGGACAAGGAAACAUUUGGCACAGGAGUCAGUAUCAAAGAAGAGCUCAGUGAUGGUGUCACUGAAGAGAUAUAUGUGCAAAUAAAGGAAGAACCAUAUGAUCAUGCAGAUGAAGCAAAGGAUGAAGUGAGCAAAGUGAAAGUUAAAGAUGAAUUUCUUCUCUCUAAGAACCUUCAAAACCUCAAGCAUGAAGCAAAUGAAAAAGACAUGUGUGAUUUUAUUGAGGAUGGCAAGGACGUUUUGUCAAGAGCAUUUGUGGCUGAGGGUGAGGCAACACAGAGGGAAGAUCAGAAGGCUACACAUGGAAAAAUGGAUAGGAAAUUGAAACAUCUUUUAUGUGAAAUGUGUGGCAAGAUAUUCUAUAAAAAAUCACUUAUAAAGCGUCAUAUGAGAGUACACACAAAGGAGAAACCGUAUAGUUGUGAAAUUUGUAACAAAGAUUUCUCACAUAAAAAUGUGUUAGUAAGGCACAUGAGAAUACAUACAAAGGAGAAUCCAUAUAUAUGUGAGAUUUGCAAUAAAGACUUCUCAGAUAGAUAUUGCUUAUUAAGACACAUAAGAGUACACACAAGGGAGAAGCCAUAUAUAUGUGAAAUUUGCAAAGGAGCCUUCUCUGAAAAGUGUCAUUUAGUAAGACACAUGAGAGUACAUACAAAGGAAAAACAAUAUAGCUGUAAGAUUUGCAAUAAAAACUUUUCAGAUAAGUCUGGCUUAGUGAAUCACAUACGGGUACAUGCAAAGGAAAAACCAUAUGUCUGUGAUGUAUGUAAAAAAGCUUUCUCUGUGAAAGGUUCUCUAGUAAAACACAUGAGAGUACAUAUGAAGGAGAAGUCAUAUACCUGUGAGAUUUGUAAUAAAUCCUUCUCACAUAAGAUUUAUCUAGUAAGGCACAUGAGAGUACAUACAAAGGAGAAGCCAUAUAGCUGUGAGAUUUGUAAUAAAGCUUUCUCACAGGAUGGUUCACGAGUGAUACACAUGAGAUUACAUACAAAGGAGAAACCUUAUAUCUGUGAUAUUUGCAAAAAAGCCUUCUCUGAGAAAAGUUAUCUAGUUAAGCACAUGAGAGUCCAUACAAGGGAAAAACCAUAUAUUUGUGAUAUCUGCAAAAAAGCCUUCUCAUAUAAAAGUUAUCUAGCAACGCACAUGAGAGUACAUACAAAGGAUAAGCCGUAUAUCUGCGAUAUUUGCAAAAAAGCCUUCUCACAGAAAAGUAAUCUAAUAACGCACAUGAGAGUACAUACAAAGGAUGAGCCAUAUACCUGUGGUUUCCAAUAAAACUUAAGCUCAAAAAUAUAUUUAAGUACAACAUGAGUGUACAUGCAAAGGAGCAAUGUGCACGAGGAUUCUCCAAGAAAAAUUAUUUAGUGACUAAGUGUGGGAAUGCAAAGUAGAAGCCAUUUAGGCAUUCUCAAGGAAAGAAACAAUACUUCAAUGUACGUAAAGAUCACAGACCUAAUACAUACAGGUUCUGUAGAUAUACCUUCGCUCCAGAGAAGAAAUUUUGGUAAUUUUCUAUAUUACGUCCGCAUGACCGAUAUCGACGAUUUUGGUAUCGUUGGAUUCCUCUCACUCUCCACAUUGCAAAUAUAUAGUUAUUAUUGCGC